AUGUCGUCGGCGGUGACGCACAUCUACCUGCACGUCAUCCAGGACGUCAUUAAGAACGUGCGAUCCGACUUCCAGAGCGACGGCGUCGACGAGAGCGUCCUUCAAGAGCUGCAGCAGCUAUGGGAGACGAAGGUCAUGCAGUCGGGCGCGGUCGUUCCCGUCGGCGGGUAUGCGCUUCCGCCGCCUGCGCCGCCGGCCGCUGAGGUGGAUGUAGGCGCGGGGGAGGCGGAGGAGGGGCCGCUAGGGGGCGCGGAGGCGGAAGCAGCGGCGGAGGAGGGCGGAGGGGAGGAGGAGGGUGGCGAGGGCGCGGGACACGGAGGGGGGUUCGCGGGGCAUGAUUUGAACAUGCCUUAUAACGGGGAUGGUGGAGAGGCGGAGGACGAGCAGGCCCUAUCGCUGGGAGCAUCCCAUGCAUCUUACUCUAGCGGGCACGUCACAUCCAGUCUCGACGGCCGCCCUCUGCCCUUCAUGCCACGCCAGGAGGCGUGGGAGCAGAAGCCAUUCAUGGUCGACAUGAACGCCGUGCCUGAGGAGGACACGUACGCUGAUGCUGCUGCCUCGGACGAACGCACACUGGGUCUGCUGCCGGCAGAGCUGAAGCGCAAGCGAGCAGAGGAGGGGGCGGGCGGGUGCGAGGAGGACGCGGGGAUGGAUGCAGCCGGGGGGGACACCAGCAGACCCCGCCUCACUCCUGAAUACGCCUUUCCGCAGGCUGACGGGGCCAGUGACAGCAUGCCACGUGGCACCUCCCAGUGGGCCCACGACAUGCUGAGUCAGCUGGAGCGUCAGCAUGGGGGGGGUGGAGGAGGAAGACGGGGAGAGGAGGGGGGUGGAGAGGGGAGGAGAUCGGAUGGGGGAGUGGAGGGAGGGUCGGGGGAUGCAGGCGCAGCGGAGGGGCGGGAUGGGUUGGGAAGGCGGGUGCAACACGAGGCUGGAAGGGCCGAGGGGCGGGAAGCACGUGGUAGCAGCAUGGGCGGCAGGAACGGCAGGGGCGGCAGGGGCGGCAGGGGCGGGAGGGGAGGCAAGGGGGGGAGGCAGUGGGUGGUGGAGAGGCGGUGUAUGCGGCAGGUGGAUGGGCAUGGUGAUGAGGAGGAUGGUGAUGACGCUGACGAGGGAGAGGAAGAGGAAGAGGAGGAGGGAGGGGCGGCAGGGGAGGCAGCGGAGGAGGAGGAAGAGGAAGAGGAUUACAACGAUCCAGCAGCGCGCACUGACACUGCCAAGGAGGAGGAAGAGGAGGAGGAGUUGGGGCCAGCAGACGACGACGAAUCGCUGGGGGCGGAGGAUGACGAUGAUGAUGACGACGAUGGGCGGGGGGUCAUAGGCGCGGACGAGGAGGGGCAGGAUGGCAACAUCGUGCUCGCCACUUAUGAGAAGGUGACUCGCCAAAAGAACCGGCAAGGCGACGAGCGCUUCGACGAGCGAGGCGAUCGCAGCAGUCGCAGCGGCAUGUCGCUGCCGUCGCAGUCGCACCUGUCGGGCAGCAUGGAGCGCAAGCGCGUGGGGUCGGGGUCGUCGCUCGCGCCGUCGGCGGCGGCGGCGGCGCAGGCGCCGCUGGUGUGCCACGGGCACUCGCGGCCGAUCGUGGAGAUCGCGUACAGCCCCAUCACCGACGACGGCUUCUUCCUCAUCUCCGCCAGUAAAGACGGGAAGCCGAUGAUCCGCAACGGCGAGACGGGCGACUGGAUCGGCACGUUCGAGGGGCACAAGGGCGCCGUGUGGGGCGCGUGCCUCGACCGCCCCGCGCUGCUCGCCGCCACCGCCUCCGCCGACUUCACCGCGCGCAUCUGGGACGCGUUGACGGGCGACGAGAAGCACAAACUGGAGCACAAGCACAUCGUGCGCACCGUCGACUUCUCACAGGACUCCCGACAGCUGUUGACAGGGGGCGCGGAGAAGGUGGUGCGCGUGUUUGACCUCGCUCGCCCCGACGCGGGUCCCACGCUGUCCCUGGAGGGCAUGGCGGGGCCUGUGCGCUGCGCCAGGUGGCACAACGACGACCGCUGGAUCCUCGUCACCUGCAAUGACGUGGCGGGCGUCAAGGUGUUUGAUGCGCGCAGCAGGGACGUGGUGGGAGUGAUGGCCACGGACGGCCCCUGUCUCAGCAUGGACAUCUCACCUGCUGCCGCCGGUGGUGGUGCAGGGGGCAGCGCCUUCAUAACCACGGCUGAUGGCUCCACCGUCAAGAUAUUCGACGCCCAUUCGCUGCAAGAGGUCAAGUCGCAUCGCUUGCCACAUCAGGCUGAGUCAGCAUCAUAUAUCCCCUCAACUAAUCGGUUUGUGGCGGGCGGGGAGGACCUCUGGGUGCGGGUAUUCGACUAUGAGACGGGCCAGCAGCUAGAGUGUCACAAGGGCCAUCACGGCCCCGUGCACUGCAUUCGCUUUGCCCCCGAUGCGCUCUCCUACGCAUCGGGCUCAGAAGACGGCACCAUCCGCAUCUGGAAGCUUGCCCCCAACACCGCUGCCACUGCUGAUGCCCUCUUCCCCGCCUCCCACAAAUCGACCAUCCUCCUCGUGUCAGCCGAUGCAUCGCUCUGCGCGUCUGCCGUUUCCGCGCGCCGCAACUGCGCGCGUCGUAGCAUCGCGCCCACGUCAGCCUCCUCCUCCCCUCCAUCUCCACACCAACCAUCCGCGCCCCUUCCGCCCAUGGCCGCGUCCCCGCUGCCCUCCUCCGCUCCGCCGCCCGAACCCGCCGCUCCACUCGCGCCCUCCCCCAGCUCUCCCCCUCCCCCGCCCCCAACCCCCCGCGCGCCUCUCUCGCUCCGCCUGUGGCGGGACGCGCGCAGCCAGCGCGCGGCGCAGGCAGCGGCGUACCAUCCGUUCGUGCUCGCGCUGGGCGCGGGCACGCUGCCGCGGCGCCGCUUCGUGCGCUACUCGCUGCAGGACGCAUUCUUCCUCUCCGCGUUCGCCCAGUCGUACGGCGCGGCAGCGUCUCUACUGGAUGGGGGCGAGGAGGACGGCACGGGGGGAGAGGAGGGAAAGGAUGGGGCGGCGGAAGCGGAGGAGGAGUUGAGUGUGCGGGCGGUGCUGCAGCGACUGCAGAGGGAAGCGGAUGGGGAGCUGCAGAUGCAUGCUGCUACUGUCAAGGCAUGGAUCGAGGAGUCCAACGACUCGCAGGCUGCUGACAUCAGCGCUGACGUCACGGCGGACAGUGCCCCCCUGCCCGCCACGCUAGAGUACACGUCGUUCCUCUCACACGUGGUGGCGGGCACGAGGGGCGUGUGGGACUGCCAUGGGCUGGGGUCACCAGGGGAGCAGGGCGGGAAGACUAGUGAGCAGGGUGGGAGCAGCACGGGGCAACGUGCAAGCGAGCAGAGGAAUCACGACAACCAUGCUCCCAACGUGGUGGCGGGGACAAGGGGCGUGUGGGGCUCCCAUGGGCUGGGACUACCAAGGGAGCAAGGCGGGUGCAGCGCAGGGGUGAUCCCACCACAGCCUGCUGACUGCCUGCCUGGUGACUGCCUGCCUGCUGGCGGCCGCUCAUCCCCCGCAGCGCGGAGGUGGCACGCGCUGUGUGUGCUGGCCGCCAUGCUGCCGUGCAUGCGCCUCUACGCCUCCAUCGGGCAGACUGUGGGUGGCGCUGCCUGGGGCUUGCACGCUGCAGCUGUGGGGUCGGACGGGGGAGCGGAAGGGGGGCCGAGGGGAGGAGGAGAAGGGAGCAGCGAGGGGUGGUUGGAGGGUGGGGUGGGUGUGUCAGAGGAGGAAUGGCGGUGGCAUCCGUAUGGCCAGUGGCUGCACACCUACUCGUGCCAGGGCUUUGAGGCAGCAGCAGCACUCUUCGAGUCAGCGUUCGACCGCCUCUGGGGGCUGCACCUGCGCUCCCUGCACCACUCCUCCAACCCCACGUCCCCGACCGAAGUGCAGCACCACAAGCUACAGCAGCAGCACGUGGCAGAGCAGCACCUAUCACGGGUAUACAGCAGGGCCAUGCAGCUGGAGCUAUCCUUCUUCCACGCCCAGCUCGCUCCCUUCCCUGCCUCCCCACCACCACCACUGCCGCACCCACACGCGCCCGACGCCUCACUCUCCCUCCCUGCCUGGCCGGGCUUCCUCCCCCUGGCAGCCCGCAGAGAGGCUCAGGUAGCCAAGGACGCGUCAGGGGGAGGAGGAGAGGCACGCAGUAGUGGGCAGGCAACCGAGGAGUCAACGCAACGGUUAGACAGCAGUGGGGGGAACGCGGCGAGCGUGGUGUUUGCAGUGGACUUUGACGGCACGUGCACGGUGGAUGAUUCCAGUGCGCUGCUCGCCCGCCUUGCCCUCGCGCACUCUGCUCCCUCCCAUGCCGCCGCUGAUGCUGCUGCUCCUGGUGGAGACAGUGGGGCCAGUUAUGGCAGUGGUGAAUGGGGCAGCAGCAGGCAGCAGGUGUGGGACGACCUGGUGCAGCGGUAUGUGCGCGACCACUCUGAUGGGGCGUAUGUGGGGGAGGCUGUGAGGCAUGCCAUGCGGAUGGUAGGGGGGGAGAGGAGAGAGGCCGGGACACAAGAAGACAUGGCAGACGGAAAGGUGGGGGAGACAGAGAACAGGGAGAAGGCAUGCAGUGGUGUGGGGGUGGAGGGAGGAGCAGGAGUGGGCAGCAGGGUGGUGGUGAGAGCGAAUGAGAUGGAGUUUGAUGAGCAUGCUGUGUCCACCGGUGCUGUGGACUUUCAUGUGCAGGGCGCCAUGGAUAAGGAUGUUGUCUUCCGUGCUCUCACCCGUGGUGCAGUCUCACACACCAGCGUGGGAGUGGUGAUGGCAGGAGGCGCAUCCAGUCUAGACAGGGUCAUUCAGGCCUUCGGCGUCCACCGCUUGCCGCUGGUGGCGCUGGCUCUGCUGCACGUGCAGCGAGGGGUGGCGGGAGAGGGGAAGGGGAUUGUGGAGGGGUGUGCUGGUGUGAGUCCUGUGCUGGUGGUGCCGCCAUGGACGGUGUUCGAUGCGUGCAGCUGGGAGGAGCUCGAGGUUUUCCUCUUUGGUGCUCACCUCACUGAAUUUGACAACCACUGCUCUGUGCAUGGUACCCCUUAA